GCACCUCAUAGUGUUCGCAACCCAAAGCACGUCCAUGUAGAUAUACAAGUGCCUACUACCUAAGGAGACCGAGACACCGUCGGCAUACACUGUCCAUAUACGCCCCUCUGUUGCAAUGCAUUGGGUUAUAGGUCAAUUCCCCCUUCCUCCUUUCAACCCCCCACGGGUUACGGUGAAGUGGCCAGGUAGUAUAGGAAGGCAGCUUGGACAGGGAAAGGCACGAGUUCGAUUCAUAUCUAGAUCGGCAACAUCCAGACCCAAACCACCGCAACCAUCACCAGCCCCCACACCCGCAUCAGCACCACCAGCACCCACCUACCCGACCAUGGACGACAGAGUGGUUGACUUGCCGAGCUUCGGUGGCAGUUUAUCGCUGCCUUCAUCGUCGCCGUUGUCCCAAAAACGCUCGUACCAUAGGUACAGGCAUGCGUCGGCUGAGGGCGGACUCUCCAGGAGACUGUCGUGUAUGGUCACGACAACAUACUCAUGCCGCAUCUUGGAUCUAGCCUUGUCGUCCUUAUAAUGCGUAACUUGUGCGAUCCGGAACUGUUGGGACCGGCUUUGGGACAUGUCUGGGUUUGUUUCGAACUUCAAAACAAGCCACUGGUCGGCCUCCAGGCCGGGCUGCAUAAGCCAGUCGGUCCACUGCUCGGGAAGCUCAUGGAUUGCAUUGUGGGGAUUCCGCCAAAGAGAGCUCGCAGAGACAAUUGCGGUCU